CAGACGGGCCAAGCCAAUAUCCAGAGAGCGAAGGAGGCGAAGGAUCGCAUGUCCGUGUGGCCGCUCGUGCUUCUCGCCACGAUGGCCACGGCCAUUAAGGCGCAUGGCGGAUCAUACAACGAGUCGCAUGCGCUGCACCUCGCGCGGCUCUGCGCCGUCUCGUACUGCCAGCACGACCACGUGGACCAGUGGAACUGUUCGCCGUGCGCGUACGUGGCCAAGCCGCAGCAUCUGCACAUCAUUGCCGACGUCAAGGAGAACUUCCAGGGCAUCGUCGGGUACUCGGAGAACCACAUCGUCAUUGCAUUUCGCGGCAGCAUGGACACCAAGAACUGGCUCGACAACCUCUCGUUCCUCAAGACACGGCCAUGGAGCGAUCUACCGGAGGUGUACGUCCACCAAGGCUUCUAUUGGGUCUACAAAAGCAUCGCCAAGCAGCUCUGGGCCGCGCUCUCGGAGCUACGCGCCACGUACCCACACGCGCCGAUCAUCGUGACGGGCCACUCGCUCGGCGCGGCGGUUGCGGCCAUCGCGACCGUCGACCUCGCGGCGCAGCACAACGUCUCGGUGGCGCAGCUGCUCACGUUUGGCGAGCCGCGCGUGGGCACGAAGGGCUUUGUAUCGCAUUUGCUUUCGAUUGUCCCGUACCUCGGGCGGGUCACCCACUGGCGCGACCUCGUGCCCCACGUCCCGUUCCACUGGCUUGGCUACGUCCACAGCGCGCAAGAGAUCUGGUACACCGAAGACUCGAGCGUCUACACGUUCUGUGACCCGAACGACGGCGAAGAUCCGCACUGCAACAACCAGUUCAAGGCCACGGCGAGCAUUGCCGACCACUUGGUCUACUUGAACAUCUCGAUGAGCCAUCUCUUGUGCUAAGCGUCGCUACGGCGGCUGCACACUAAUGACGUUUCAUGAAAC